AUGAUCCAAAAAGUCAAGAAAGACCCGCACGAUGACGGCCCUGAGUACACCAAAGGUACGAAGGGCUACAUCUGGUAUGAGACGACCGUCUUCACCGCCUGGGAUCACUCGGGUUUGUGUCAAGUGCUCUGCAUCGACACUCCGUCUGAUUGUCCCACGGAGUUGCAAAGGUUGCUGGCAAGGCUCCCGGCGCCGCUCAAUUUCAGAGACCCAUUUGCUAUGCAUGCUAGCUUGCUGGACCAGCUGGUUGUGUACUGCGACAUCUCGGUUUGGCGAGUGCGGGACCCCGUCCGUCAGCUGGAAAAGUCUCGACUGCAACCGGGGGAGGUAUUUGAACCCACUCACGAGUACUCACGCCACGCAAUCCACGUGUCCGAGGUGUUAGAUUCGGUGGUGGAGACCUUGACGGAGAUGCAACGCUGCCGAACGGAGAUACACAAGCGUCUGUCCGACUUGGACCAACCUUACAAGGAGGAAGCUAUGGAAUACGCGCAGUUUCAAAUGUCACUGAUGAAGAACUUGAAGCGCCGGUCUGACUCGAAUCGGGCCCGGUUGGUGGAUGAGAUCAAUCUGGCGUUCAACUCCCUCGCCCGCCAGGAUAACGACUUUAUGAAGUCCAUCGCCCUCUUGACCAUGGUUUUUCUCCCCGCUACCUUCAUUACGGCUUUCUUCAGCACCACCUUCUUCUCAUACGGCGAGAAUGACCAGGGAUGGCGGGUGUCUGGCCAGUUGUGGGUUUAUUGGGCCGUAAUGGUACCGGCCACGGUUGUUAUCAUGUCCCUCUGGGCUGUGUGGCUGGCUAAAGGUGGUAAAACCCCAAGCUUCCAUAAGAUGCGGCUGAAGUUUCCUUUCCGUCGGUUUCCAAGGACCAAGGCGUCAAAACAACCCAAGCCAGAGGCCGCGCAAGUGUAA